ACACAACGCGCCAAUCAGUUUCUUGUGCCUCUGCAGUGAAGAGAAUAGGCUCUAUUCGGUGUCCACAGACAACAAUGUUAUGGUGUGGAGCGUGGAAGAUCAGACCUGCCUUGCCAACAUCAUCUCCAGAGCCAGUCAUAUCAGAGGAGAGCUCGCCACCUGCUAUUUCUCUCCCCAGCAGAGGGCGCUGUUCAUUGCCACAGACACCUUGGCCCUGUUGCAGCUCAGGCAAAAAGACCCAAAGAACGGCAGCUCCUUUACCUCCCACAAUGCUACAGUACUGUGCUGCCAAUACAACACCCGCCUACAGCAAGUCAUCAGCUGCUCCGAGGGCUCUGUUGUGAAAAUAUGGGACCUGAACACAGGCGCUCCAGUAUCCACAUUUGAUUGUCCCCAUGAAAGGUCUGCUGUGACCUGCAUGACUCUGGACAACAGUGGAAACAGGUUCAUCACUGGAGGCAGAGAUGGCUCACUGAGAAAAUGGGACUACAGCACUGGGGGUUGUGUGUCCAUCAUCAGACAAGGUACAGAUGUGUCUGAUGAAGCAAACAGAUGUAUUCAGGUUGAUAUUCACAGCAACAGAUAUAUAAUAUCUGUUGGCUGUGACAAAUGGAUCAGUAUUUUUCCUGAUCCUGAGGAUGGUUGCAAGGGUGUACAGAACAUAGGAAAACAGUGGCUUGGCCAAGAGUCUUUCCGCCACCAUGAGGACAUUGUGUCCGUUGACCUCUGGCCCCCCAAUCUCCUAGCCACCUCCAGCUGUGGGGCAGAAGUGCUGGUGUGGAACCUGGUCUCUGGGAGUCUGUUCUGCCAGCUGGGCUCCCUGCCCAGCCCCCUGCCUUCCGAGCCCUCAGAUGAAGAUCUAAAUGUUUGCAAAGUUCUCUUCAUCCCCUCACGAGCUCCUCUACAGAAAACUGCUGCUAUCCUGGUGACCAGUGGCCCUGGAGGUUGUAUUCAUCUUUGGAAUAUAUUUGGUGGUGGAAGACUCUUUGGAAAAUUUAGUGGAUCUCCACAGCAGGCCACUGUCACCGACCUGGCCCUGGGGAAAGGAGACACAUUGCUGCUGUCUGCGGACCAGCUGGGAUGGCUGCGCAUCUGGGACAUUGCAGGCUUUGCACAGCAUGGGCCUGAGACCACUGACCCCACCUUGCUGUGCAAUUGGAGAGCACAUGCCUGCAGCAUUACAAGCGUUGUGUGUGUCCCUGAGCAGCAGCUGGCGGUCACCUCUGCCAAGGACUGUCUGCUCAGGCUGUGGAGCCACCAGGGGGAGCUGAUAGGUACAUUUGGCCAGGAGGAGCACUGGGAUGUGAGGAAAAAGGAGACUUGGAGACAGGAGCUGCCUGAGGACCUGAGGGUGCUCACAGAGGAGCCUGUCCUACAGGGGGCGCUGAGGAGCAGGCCUCCCAGCGACACUGGCAUUCACACAGAGGGUACUAUGUGGCAGGAAGCGCUUUCCUCACCAACUGCUCAGGACAUUGAGGAAGAACUGCAGACGUAUCAGCCAUCCUUCAGAGUCCGAGGCCACCUCACACAGGUGGACAUCCCGCAGGUGUCGGGCAGGCUGAUGACCUACCAGACUCUGCACUGGUAUGAGCUGGAUGAUGUCCACAAGGAAAUCCACAAGCCAGACCCUGCAGCGGAGCUCAAUGACCCGUAUGACUUCUCUUUCUGAGCCAGGUCACGUCCCAUAGGAGGGCUACCUGCAUCCAGAGCAAUGAGCUACAGGUCUUGGCUCUCUUGGCCAUAAUUCUCAUAUUUAAAUUGAUUUUUUCAAAAUAUGAAAAAAAUUGUUUUUAUCGGAAGGGUUGGUUCUUGAAUUUCAGUUACCAUUAUCAGAUUUCAGAAUAAAGAUAAAACAGAGCACAACGGUAUAUUUACUUCACAUACUUUGAAUAAACUUCAAAUGUUUACAAAACAAUGGAAAGGUACCUAACUGAAAAAGACAAGCUGAUAUCUUUGCCUCUUUGAAACCCAGGUUUCAUUUACUGUUCAAAAGAUUUCUUGUCAAUGAUUACACAGUUUUUCUGUGAAAGAGAAACUGGAGAACAGGAACUAUAAGCUUUAGAAAGUCUUCUUGUUUUUUUAUAUCAUAAAUCUUCCAUUGUAGGCUGAACUGUAAGUGCCGAAAUCCCUGCUGCUUUCUUCUAGCAUUUAAGUGCUUAUGUCCUUUGAAUAUAGGCAUCAAUUUUCUGGUUUCACAUGCAAGAUGUACUGAUUAAAUGGUUAUUAUGCCCAUCUUAAAUAUUGAGCAGUAUAACUGAUCUUCAUUUUUGACAGUAGAAAAUCUGGAAAUUCUGCAGAAAAGCUGAUUUAUCAGAAUUGCCCACUCCUUCCCUAGGUUCUGAACAUUUUUAUAGCCUUAAAUGUUGUACAAUUGCUGGACUCCUGCCUUUCAAGAUGUGCUUGUUUUCUUUUUGAUAAAUAAGUCUGAGCUCCUAUACUGUACAUGAUGUACCAAAUUUAGCUAUUAACAAAUAGUGCUUCUUUCUUUAACCAAUAUACUAUAAAAAAGGUAGCCUAGUCUCUUUUGAAUAACUUGACAUAAGAAGGAAAAUAUAAACGUUAUGUCCUGUGUACAGAAUUAACUCUUCUUGAAGUGGAUUCACAUCUGGUGCUGACACUGAAUGAAACUUUUGAUACAUGACAUCAUCUGUAUUUUUGCCUUGUCUCUUUCUCACUUGGAUAAAUUCCUGCAUAAGAAUUAUUUUGAUAUGAUUUUACUCAGUUUUGAUUACAAUGUUAUGAUUAAAUUUUAGUUUAUAGUUGCUGGGGGCAAAACAGACAGACAGAAACAGUGAAAAAUAAUUUUAUAACUUCUCAACUGCAUAUUUUUUCUCUUCGUCUCUACAACUGAUCAAACAAUUCUGACAAACAAGAUGUGAAAUAGGACAGCUGAACACAGCUAUGCAGCUGUUUCUAACUGAGCUGCUGCUUCAUGGUGUGAGAAUUACAAUUGCUUAGUUACCGUUUGUGUCACUUGUGGUUGAAAGAAGAAAAAUAUACAGUGCCUUGCGAAA